AUGGCCGCCAUUGACAACACCACACCAACCACUGCAGACGGCGCCGAGGCGCCUUCAACAACGAUCAACAACCUCGCUCCAAUCCUCUCCUCCGUCGCCGUAGUCAUCACCUCCCUCCUCAUCAUCAUAACCAUCUACUGCAUCCUCCGGCGCAAGCGACGCGACCCAAGCGGCUUCCACAUCCCCAUCGAACUCGGCCACCGCGGCAUUCCUCGACACGACACGUUUGAGUUGCGCAGUAGCGCGGAGAUCAGGGAUACGGAGCGGGAGCGCGAGAUUGUGGCCAGAGACACUAUGCGAAGUGCCAGUCGGGGCAGUCGGAGUAGGUUGGAUGAGAUGAUUCUGGAGGAGCUGGAGGCGGAGGACGCUGCAGCUGGAGGAAGGGCUGCGAGAGCUGGUGGAUAG